UUUUGUGCCGGUAUAAGUUUUUAAAGAAAAUUCAAGCAAUUUUCUAGUAUAGAAAAAAAAAUUUUGGUAAAAUUAAAACGCAAAGGAGUGCUAUGAUUCAAACGGGAGCGACAAAAUUAUUGCGUUAUGCGCUAAAAAAUAUGGGACGUAAACCAUGUAUAAGUAGUUUUUUAGGUAAAUUAAACCUAGAACGGCGCUUAAGCAGCCAAGUAGCGCUGACAUUAACAAAAGAUUGUCACUAUAGUGCUCGAGCUGUUUUAUGGAAUGGUGGUAAUAAGCCACGUGGUUAUAGCACAGAAAGAAAGCAAGGCAGUCCAGAAAUUCUGUCAAAACUAUUUCCACAAACUGCCACCAAUAUAGAUGAAGAAACAGAACGUGAACGCAAACGUAAGGAGGACGAAGAGACUAAAGAGAAUGAAAAGGCUUGGAAGCGCAUGAAAUUUGGCUUUGCUGUAUUUGGAGGUUCAGGCGUGGCUUUAUUGGUUUGGGCCAUUUAUGAAUUUGGCAAACCUGAAGUCGAUGCUGAUGGUCAAAUUAUUGAAGAUGAAUUUUCUGAAAAUCCUAUUGUUCAACAGUACAUACAAAGGAUGUGGAAAUCCUUAAAUUAUUAUCAAAAAAUGAUACAAGAACCAUCGCGCGCAAAGCUGCUGCCGGAUCCUUUAAAACCCCCUUAUAUACAACCGCCCUACACCUUAGUUUUAGAAAUGAAAGAUGUAUUAGUCCAUCCAGAUUGGACAUAUCAAACUGGUUGGCGUUUCAAGAAACGUCCCGGCGUUGAUAUGUUUUUGCAAGAAUGCGCUAAAUUCUUUGAAAUUGUUGUGUUCACAGCUGAACAAGGUAUGACCGUAUUUCCCAUACUGGACGCUUUAGAUCCAAAUGGUUACAUUAUGUAUCGCCUGGUACGUGAUGCCACUCAUUUUGUCGACGGUCAUCAUGUCAAAAAUUUAGACAAUCUAAAUCGCGACUUGAAAAGGGUAAUUGUGGUUGAUUGGGAUCCUAAUGCCACGCAAAUGCAUCCUGAUAAUACUUUUAAUAUACCGCGUUGGUCGGGCAAUGACGAUGAUACCCAGCUUAUGGAUUUGAUAUCCUUUCUUAAAACCAUUGCUACAAGUGAAGUAGACGAUGUACGUGAUGUUUUGCAUUAUUACCGCCAGUUCAAUGAUCCGAUUGCACAAUUUCGCGAAAAUCAGCGUAAAUUAUUAGCUCAAAUGCAAGAACGCGAGAGAGAAGAGCAAGCCAAGGCAAAACCAAUUGUGAAGAAUUGGACAAGAAGUUUUUUGGGUCGUUGAGGCAAUAUCAAACACUUUAUAACUGUUCAUGACUAGCCCAUGAAUUAUAAGUCUGCUUAAAUUUUUAAGUUUUAAUUUCAUUUUAAUUUCUUUUUACUUUUACUGAAAUUUAUUUUGUUAAAACGAAAAGUUUUUUCUUCUAUCGUUUCUCAUAUCCAAUAAAUUUGUCCUUUAUGGUAAAUUUUUUUUGCAUAGUAUGUCUUAUAUCCAUACACAUUAUACAAAUAUAUUAGCGAUAACAAUUCAAAUAAUGAAAAUUUUG